AGGCUUGAUGAAACAAUAACACACUAAUGUUAAUUGAGUAGUGCUCAGCAAUUUCAAUAUUUCCAAGGGGACAUUUACUCAAUCCCAGCUUAUACGACGAUGGAGGAGUACUACUCAUGUAGCUGUUGCCUGGUGCGCCCUCCGGACAAAGGUCUCAAGAUACUAUACAAUCACCUCGGCAAAGCAGAGAUAUAUUAUGAUAUGCUGAGAGAAUGCUUCGGUUUAGAUCUAAGCUUGGGAAAUGAUGAGUGCGGGAUCUGCGAGGUGUGCGUGGCGCGGCUGCGGGACGCGAGCGACUUCAAGCUGCAAGUGCAGCGCGUGCAGGACGUACUGCACAAGCGGCUCAAGGGAGUACUCUCUGCGACUGCGGGUGACAACUUCAAAAUCAAGUUAGAGAAACCGACUGGAGAUGACGCCAUUUCGCGCGGGAUCAAGCAGGAGGGGCCGGAGGUGGAGAUAGCUGACAGCAACGUCGUAUCAGUUGCUUUACACGAAGGAUCGCCAGCGCCUUUGGCUCAACCCGUUCCUACCGCGUCCCACAGCGCCUCGGUCGCACCAGCCCCGAACACUACCAAGCGCAACUCCCACACUAGAGAGAAACCUUACUCGUGCAAAAUAUGCGACAAAAGAUUCGGACAGAAGGGCCACUUAAAUGCUCAUUACGCAAACCAUAUAGGGAAAUUCAAAUUCUCUUGCGAAUUAUGCAAAAGGGGAUUCGUACAAAAACGUGAAUAUGUUACUCAUAUGCGGAUACACACUGAUGAAAAACCAUACGGAUGUGAUAUAUGCAACAAGAAAUUUAGACAUAAAGGCCAAUUAAACGUACAUAAAAAUGGUCAUUCUAAAUGUGAUCAGGAUCGCGUAGAGCCAGGGGAAAUAACUACAUGCAAAAAAGAGUCCUCAGACGAAUCAGAAGAUCAAGGACCCGCAAAGUAUUUUGCGUGUGAUAUAUGCAGAAAGCAAUUUGUGGAUAAAAACUAUUUAGAUGCUCAUUCCAAAUGUCACCCUGGAGAUUAUCCGUUCUCUUGCGACAUUUGUAAAAGAAGAUUUAAUACUCAGUUUGCCUUGAAUACACAUAAAUUUGACCACUCGGGAGGAAAACCUUUUAAGUGUGAAAAAUGCAAUAAAAGUUAUAGAACUAAAGGCGGUUUAUAUACUCAUUCGUUAGUUCACACAAAGGGUUAUAAGCACGCGUGUCACGUUUGUAAUAAACAAUUCAUAUUAAAGCAUGAUUUGAAUAUACAUAUGCGCGUACACACAGGAGAAAAACCUUAUACCUGUGCAACAUGUGGAACUAAGUUUCGCUAUAGAAAUAGCUUAAAGAAACAUUUAUUAGAGAAACACAAUCAAGUUAUGGACAAACAGUUCAGUUGUGAUACUUGUGGGAAACUAUUUGCAUUACAGGGGACUUUAGUAAAACACAUGAACAAACACACUGAAAAGGAAACGGCAGAUAAAAAGAAAGACCUAGCAUUCAUGUGUGAAAUAUGUAGCAAACGGUUUUCGACAAUAAGUGUUCUAAAAUACCAUAAAGAAACACAUAAUGAAGACAGACCUUUCGAGUGCGAAGUAUGUCAUAAAAAAUACCAAACGAAGAGGAAUUUACAGGACCACGUGAAGGUGCAUGAGGACAAAAAACACUCGUGUGAAGUAUGCGGCCAGCCAUUCAGACAUAAGUCUGCCUUGAAAGUUCAUAUCCGACGGAUGCACGAGGAAAACCGACCACAUGUUUGCAAAAUUUGUAAAAAAGCCUUUGUAGUUCAAGCUGAACUGAAAAUUCAUAAUCGUGUACACACUGGGGAGAAACCGUAUGCUUGCGAAAUAUGUUGUAAGAAAUUUCAGGGCCUGAGCGGUAUUAAGAACCAUCUUAUAAAUGUCCACCACGAGAAACCUACGAGAUUUGUUAAAUUAAAAGAAUUGAACAAAACUAAUAAGAAAAUGGAGGAGUAUCAUUCUUGUAGCUGCUGCCUGGUGCGCCCUCCGGAGAAAGGCCUCAAGACGCUGUAUAAACAUCUCGGUAGAACAGAGGUUUAUUUCGAUAUGCUGAAAGACUGUUUCGAUAUAAGUCUAAGUUUGGGAAAUGACGAGUGUGGGAUCUGCGAGGUGUGCGUGGCGCGGCUGCGGGACGCGAGCGACUUCAAGCUGCAAGUGCAGCGCGUGCAAGCCAAGCUCCACGAUCGGCUCAAGGGAGUACUCUCUGCGAGUGACAAGUUUAAAAUCAAGUUAGAGAAAGCUACUGGAGAUGACACCAUAUCGAGUGAAAUCAAACUGGAGAAGUCAGAGGUGGAGAUGGCUGAUGGCGAGGUUGUAUCAGUUGCAUUAUACGGAGGACCGCCAGCGCCUUCGGCCCAAAAGGUCCCUAGCGCGUCCAGCAGCGUUUCGUUCGCACCAGCUCCUAGUGUUACCAACCUGGACACCACCAAGCUGGCUCCGGCUUCCAAACGUGGCACACACACCUGCGACAUAUGUCACAAAACAUUCGACCACCAAGCUCGGCUCAAACUUCAUCGCCGCUCACACACUGGCGAGAAACCGUACUCGUGCAACGUCUGCGACAAAAGAUUUGCACAAAAGAGCCAUUUAAAUACUCAUUACGCAUACCACAUGGGAAAAUUCAAGUUUUCCUGCGAACUGUGCGACACACGAUUCACACAAAAAAAUCAAUGGGUCAUACAUAUGUUGAUACACACUGGUGAAAAACCGUUUGAAUGUGAUAUAUGCAGUAAAAAAUUUAGACAAAAGGGCAAUUUAAACGUUCAUAAAAAAAUUCAUUUGAAAUAUGAUUACAAUUGCGUUGAGCCAGGAGAAAUAACUGCAUGUAAGAAAGUGGCGUGGGAAGAAUCGAAAAAUCAACGUGCAGAAUAUUUCACGUGUGAUAUAUGCAAAAAGCGAUUUGCAGAAAAAAGCAAUUUAAACGCUCAUAUAAAACAUCACUCUGGAGAUUAUCUGUUCACUUGUGACAUUUGUGAAAGGAGAUUCAAUACACAAUCUCGCUUGGAUAAUCAUAAGCUGGAUCACACGGGGGGAAAACCUUUUAAAUGUGAUGAAUGCAGUAAACAAUACACAUCAAAAAGUGCUUUAAGACUUCAUUCAAAAAUACAUACUGGGGAUUAUAGAUACGCGUGCGAUGUGUGUAAUAAACGUUUCAUACAAAAAGAUGUUUUAAGACAACAUAUGCGAGUACAUACAGGUGAAAAGCCUUAUAACUGUGAAAUAUGCCAAAGGAGGUUCCCAUAUAGAUGUGGCUUAAAGAGUCAUUUAUUAGUCAAACACAACCAGGUUAUGGACAAACAAUUUUGUUGUGAUAUUUGUGGGAAGCGAUUUGCACUUCAGGGGACUCUAGUCAAACAUAUGAACAAACACGCUGAGAAGGCAAGGGGAGACAAGGCUCGACAGGAGGGAAGGAUGGAAGACCUAAAACCAUUUAUGUGUGAAAUAUGUAGCAAACGGUUUUCGACAAAAAGUAUUUUAAGGAACCAUAGAGAAAUACAUAAUGAAGAAAGACCUUUCGAGUGCGAAGCAUGUCACAAAAAAUUCCAAAUGAAGAAAUAUUUACAGGACCACAUGAAAGUGCAUGAUGACUUUAAGCAGCACGCGUGUGAAGUAUGCGGUCAACAAUUCAGGCACAAAUCUGCCUUAACAGUUCAUAUCCGACGAAUGCACACUGAGAACAGACCCCACGCUUGCGAUGUUUGUAAAAAGGCUUUUCCAGUACUUGCUGAAUUAAAAGCGCAUUAUCGGGUGCAUACUGGUGAGAGACCGUAUGCUUGCGAGAUAUGCUACAAAAAAUUUCCACGACAUAACGGGGUUAAAAGGCAUCUUAUACGAGUUCACCAUGAGAAACCUUCGAAAUUUAUUAAAUUAAAGGAAUUUAACAAUAUCAGUUGAAAGAAA